AUGUUUGCCAUUCUUCCCCAAAAGGCAACAGCGACUCCAGCGUCAAGUAUGAAUUGUAGCCGAGCCGGGAUGUUCCCGAUCGCCUUCAGUGUUGGCCUCCAGCUCUUUCUGUGCUAUGUGUUGGCUGAAUCCCCCUUCUUGGACAACGCGUUCCCAUUACAAGCAGCACUGGGGCCUGUGGAACACAAAAAGAGAAGCACUAACAAGUGUUGUCUGCUGACCCCUCCACCACCUCCGAUGUUUCCACCACCUAUUUUCAGGGAAAGCAAAAGUCUUCAAGAAGAAAUAAAUUUGAAGAGUUUACCGUUGGAAAUAAAGACAACUGAAUCUUCAUGUAAAGUAUCAGUUGGACCUCCUGGACCACCAGGCCCCCUGGGUCCACCAGGAAUUCCAGGGAUUAGGGGACCAAAAGGUGAGAACGGAGAAAUUGGAAGGCCAGGAAGAAAAGGGAGAGCAGGGUUACCAGGCCCCCAUGGACUGCCAGGGCCUGCAGGCUCACCAGGACCAAUUGGGCCCAAGGGUGAAAUGGGUGAUCAAGGAUUAAUGGGAUUGCCAGGUGCAAGAGGACCAAUGGGCCCUAAGGGUAUGAUGGGGCAUAAAGGUGAAAAGGGGAUAAGAGGUGAAAAGGGUCAACAAGGAAUCAAAGGAGAAAUGGGUGUUAUGGGUCUUCCUGGAAUGCUUGGACAGAAAGGUGAAAUGGGUCCAAAGGGAGAAUCUGGAGCCCCUGGACACAGAGGACCUGUUGGCAGACCUGGAAAGAGAGGAAAAUCUGGACUAAAAGGGGAAAUGGGUCCAGCUGGAAUGAUGGGACCUUCAGGUCCACCAGGACCGUCUGGUCGCCCUGGUCCACCUGGGAUAUCGACAUCAGGUCGCUUAAUUGUUGGACCAAAAGGUGAAAGAGGACUCCCAGGGCCAGUAGGAAGAUGUUACUGUAAUCUCCCUCAGACCGUAAGCAAUCCAUCGUAUAGUGAACUCCCACCUUUGAUCAACUCUGCACAAGUACCAGUGAUAUUUGUUGUAGACAAUGAAGAAGAGCUGGAAAAGCUGAACACUGCAAAUGCACUAGCUUUCCGGAAAGAUCAAAGGUCACUGUACUUCAAAGACACUGGUGGAUGGCUGCCGAUUCAGGUCUCCCCUGCACAGCUCACACCUUCUUCGCCACAUUCAGCAGGGUUUUGCGGAGAUGGAAUCGUUCAGGAGGAAAAUGGGGAAGAGUGUGAUGAUGGAAACAAGAUUGUCACCGAUAGCUGUAUAAAUUGUAAGCAAGCCUACUGUGGAGAUGGAUACUUAUGGAAGGGAUUUGAAGAAUGCGAUGGUAAAGAUUUUGGUUACCAAACCUGUAAAACCUAUCUUCCAGGGUCUUACGGGGAACUGAAAUGUACUUCAUAUUGUUACAUUGACUCCACGAGCUGUCGGUAUUUCACAUGAGACUAUAAAAAGUGGCUGCUGGGACAUGUCUUGCUGAAACAAAUUCAUCUGGUGCUAUCACGGAACCAACAGGUUUGGGCUGCACAUCCACUUACUCUGUUCGAUAUAACCAUAACCAGCAGCUGGAAGACUUUUAGAUAGCUGGGAUUCAUUUCAAGUGAUUAUCUGGAUGACAAUUUCGACCAUUGCAUUUUGUCUUAAAAUAAAGUCAAUGCCGACAACAAAGGUACGAAAAGGAUGCAAUUUGCUUUCCACCGAGACCUUCAAAGUGUACAUAUGUACAUAUAUACAUACAUAUUACACACAUAUGUGUGUAUAUAUAUAGUAUAUAUAUAUAUAUAUAUAUAUAUUACAAAGCCAUGUCUAAAGACUGCUCAUCCUCAUUUGACAAUUCUCAGGCGGAAAUAUCAAAGAUGUGAUAUUAUUCCACAAGAGACUGGAGUCAAAACUGCCAUACCUCGACUGUGCACUGUUACUGACUACUGUAGUUUUAUACCUGGACAUACUCAAGGAAGCUACUGGCUGAAUUCUUGGUGCCAUAUUGACAGAGUGAAAACAGGAAAAUGUCAAAAGAAUUCAUUUGCUGAAAUGUGAUGUACUAUUUAUUGCAUUUGCAUGAAUAUUAUGCACAAAGAUGUGAACUACGAAAAUCACUCUUCCGUGUCUUGAUUGCUCUUGGCUCAAACAGCUAUUACACUAUAGGGUGUCAUGUUCUUAAGAGAUAUAUAUAGAGAGAUGCAUAUACCAUCCUACUCACGUCUGAUAUUUGGAUACGUUUCCUUACAAACAAUGAAUAAUGCUGGAAAUCUACCAAAUAAGUAAAUGGUUGCCAGCUGAAUCUGGGCUAUGACAUACCACACAGAAAAGAUUUGAUGUUUGGGUAAAUAUAAGUGGUGACGGUUGUAGCAAAGGAUACAUGGCUUCUUUUUGCUUCUCUGAGAACUUUUUGUUUUGAAUACUAAUAAUGUUCAGCUGAAUAUGUAAUUUCAUUCUGAAAAUGCUCCAUGUCAGAGUGUAGCGUUCAUCUAUCAACUGUACUGAUGGUUUCUCAUGUCGUUUGUGAGUGCGUGUUGGAGUCAAACUGACAUAGAAGGAAGACAUUGGGUCCAUUGUGUUUGGGCUAGAGCAAUCCAGUCAAUCUCAUUACUUUACUCUGUUCCUGUGAGUUUAUUUCUCUGUAGUAUCCACCCUGUUAUCUAAUUGACAGUGAGUUGCAGCGAUGUGUAAAAUGGUUCUUCCUCACAACAUGCUGCAUCACCUGCCCGAAAACCUUAAACUUGUGCCACUUAGUCCUUGUCCCAUUCACUAAUGUGAACUGCUUUUCUUUGUCUACCUUAUCUAAACCUGUUACUACCUUGUACACUUCUAAGACUGACCUAUCCCCUUCCUAACUCCCUACCUACACUCACCUUUACUGGCUCCAUCCCCGCCUCUUCGACCUGUUUGUUUCCUCUCCACCUAUCCU